AUGGGGCACCAAGAAAAGAGGAAACGAAAAGGCAACAGAAGCCGAAGAACAAGAAGAAAACAAUCGAAAUCAGCUUCGUCCUUUCCUGUCGAUCUAACCUCAGAUAUACUCUUAAGGCUGCCUGUGAAAUCUAUUGUGAGGUUUCGUUGUGUUUCAAAGCUUUGGUCAUCAAUCACCACCGAACCAUAUUUCAUCAACUUGUUCAAUACUCGGUCCUCAACAAAGCCGACUCUUCUACUUUGCUUAAAUAGAGGUGACGAUUUGCUUGUUUCCUCGAUUCCGCAAAAUACUAUGGAAUCGAACGAGGCUUACUCUUCUUCUCUUCCCAUUGAUCGUUAUCAUAUGAAAAUCAAAGGAAAAUAUAGUUACCUGCCUCCUAUGGAAUCUGUCCACGGCUUGAUCUGCUUUCAGGAGAAAAAUCCCAUAGUUUGGAACCCUAGCAUGAGAAAGUUCUUGAAGUUACCCCAUCUCCAUAACAGCUGGGAAUUUGGAAGUUUCUUUUUAGGAUACGAUCCCGUUGAAGCUCAAGAAUCAUCAUGGAGAAUGGUCAAGACUAACCAGAGGCACCGUGCUCGCAAUUAUACUUGUGGGAAAUGCAUCAAUGGGGUGAUAUAUUAUCUAGCCCGUGAUCAUUCCGAUUGUUUUUUAAUGAGCUUUGAUGUCAGAUCUGAGAAGUUCGAUAUGAUAAAAUUACCAUCGGAGAUUGAUGAGUAUGUGCUGAUAAACUAUAAGGGGAGGUUAGCUUGUGUUGACGAUGAUAAUAAAAAAAGAUUGUGGAUUUUGGAGGAUGCAGAGAAACACAAGUGGUCUAGUCAAGACUUUCUUGUACCUUUACGUCACCUGGAUGAGAGUUUGGCAACUGAUUUCAAGCUAAAAGGUUUCACGCAUGCUGGUGAGUUUAUUUUUGAAGAACCGGUUUCUCAAAAAAAUAAAUAUAUAUUAUCUUGUGAUACGGUGAGAAACAGCUUUAGAAGGUUCGAGUUUGAAGGAGUUAGAGUUGGUUAUAAGUUUUGGCUCCGUGCGUUCCCGAAUCACAUUGAGAGUCUAAUCUCUUUGUAG